CUUGUGCUUAUGUGAAGCCACAUUCCUGGCUGGACAGACAGCGCUGUUCAUACACAUGACCCAUUUCUCUGCUGUUUAUUGAAUGUAUGCGCCGGGGUAUUGGGAGGGGAAAGGAUAAUGUAUGAGGGUCCAGCCCCGUGUGGAGCAGGAAGAAGAGUAAGAAGUGGGCAUGACGCCAGUGCGUGAGUCACAUAAGAGUGUCAGCCCCCGAGUACAACAAGUACAUCUGUGACUCCUCCGCGUCGGGCGCAUUUGCAGCGCAUUAGUACGAGGCGGCGGCUGCAGAUUUAGUUUCAUAUGAAACAAGAGUGGAAGCGGCUAUAGCGCUAUGGAUCUGGUCAUUCAUUUGUCCGAGGGCGAUAACUUGUCAAUGGGAGACACUGUCAGCGCUAACUCUUCCCAGUUUAACAACAGCAGCGGCAGGGUCCCAGGGAACCAGACGGGAGACCCGUACGUUCGCAACGAGGCGCUGGCCAAGCUCGAGAUCGCUAUUCUAGCCGUGAUCUUCGUGGCGGCGGUGCUGGGCAACUGUAGCGUGCUGCUGGCGCUGUACAAGUCCAAAAAGAAAAUGUCCCGGAUGCACCUGUUUAUCAAACACCUGAGCCUGGCCGAUCUGGUGGUGGCGUUUUUCCAGGUGCUGCCCCAGCUGUGUUGGGACGUGACUUACCGCUUCUGGGGUCCCGAUAUCCUGUGCCGGAUUGUGAAGCACCUGCAAGUGUUCGGGAUGUUCGCCUCAGCCUAUAUGUUAGUGGUAAUGACUGCCGACCGCUACAUUGCUAUCUGCCACCCGAUGAAGACCCUGCAGCAGCCCAACAAGAGGUCCUACGUGAUGAUCCUCAGCGCCUGGCUCCUCAGCUUCCUCCUCAGCACCCCGCAGUACUUCAUCUUCUGGCUCAGCCCAGUCAAGGAGGGCAGCGACGUGUAUGACUGCUGGGCCAACUUCAUCGAGCCGUGGGGUGCGAGGGCUUACGUCACGUGGAUCACCGGCGGCAUCUUCGUGGUGCCCGUCAUCAUCCUCAUCACCUGCUACGGCUUCAUCUGCUACAACAUCUGGAGGAACAUCCAGGGCAAGACCAAGCGGGAGGAGACGGAGGGGAGGAAGAGUCACAACGGGCUGUUGUCCACGUCGGUGAGCAGCGUGAAGACCAUCUCCCGGGCCAAGAUCAGGACGGUGAAAAUGACCUCAGUCAUAGUGACUGGCUAUAUCCUCUGCUGGGCGCCUUUCUUCACCGUGCAGAUGUGGUCUGUGUGGGACCGGGACCUCGAAUGGGCCGAUUCAGAAAACAUUGUCUUCACCGUGACAGCGCUCUUGGCCUCUCUGAACAGUUGCUGCAACCCUUGGAUAUACAUGUUCUUCAGCGGGCAUCUCCUGCAAGAUUUCAUACACAGCUUGCCCUGCUUUCAAAAAAUCAAGCAAACUCUCACCAAGGAGGAUUCUGACAGCAGCACCCGCAGGCAAACCUCAUUCACCAGGAUCCAGACGAGAAGUCCAACCAACAGCACAGAUACCCUGAAGGAAUCCCCCAGAUCCAGCAAGUCUAUCAAAUUCUUGCCCAUCCAAACCUGAACUUGUCACCCAUAAAGCAAGAUGCAUUUUUAAAAAAAAGCACGACUGCCACAUACUGUACUAUCAAAACAAGGAUAGAACACCCAUGGCUAUCCAUAUGCUUCUGUACUUCAAUUUCCAGCAUUCCCCACCAGAAAAUAGAAAUCCUGUAGUUUAGAAGCAGAUGGGGGCCUGAGAUGCACAAUCUAUCAUCGAAAGCAUUAUGUUGUGCACAGACUUUAGUGAAUUUGUAAAUGAGUGAUGUGUGGUUUAUAACAGGGAUGUUCACCACAUGGUCCUAAAACUAAUUUUUAGCAGAGAGUUGAAGGCCACAAUUUGGCCAGCCCUGUUUCUAAACUUAAAAAAAUUCUAUUCAUACUGAAUAUUUCAAAUAUUCUGUACAAAGCUACAAAGUUCAUACGGUUUCUGUUAGUGUCUGGUUUAGAAACAAUAAAUAUAAUGGGAGUGCAACCUCAGGUAAUGACAUUAUUGUUUCCAUGUCCAGCCCUCUAGCUCAGCUGGUAGGAAGAUGCUUGGAGCUGUUACUUUGCUAGGAUUAUCGAUAUUUCCCAUGAGGUAUGGAUACUAAAACUAUACAUUCUGUUGUUUUGCAUUUCCUGGUAUACUGGCUAUAAUAUUUCAGUGAACCAGACUGAGAUGUAUUAUAUCUGUUGCCAGAGAUAGAGGGAAAAGUGUCCCUACACAGGCAUAACAUGUUUAUCCUUUAUCCCUACUGUGGCCUUAUGAGGUAGGCAUGAAUAAAUAAUAUAAUGUCAGAGAAAAAUGUAUGAAAUGUAUGGAACUGAUGCCUAAUGUGUUUUGGGAACACCCCUUAAAGUGGACCUGUCACCUACACAUAAAAAGCUGUCUAAUGAAAGUCCUUUGCAAAUUAAACAUGGAUCCUAAAUUCUUUUUGUCAUUAAAACAUCCAUACCUGUUAUAAAGGGUUUUUAUAUUUAAGCUGUCAAUCAAACAUUACCUACCCCAUCUCUAUUCCUGAGGCAUAGAGGUGGGGCAGUCAAUUACUUUCACUUUCCGUUCAGCAUUUCCUACAUGUCGCUGCACUCCUCACAUUCCCCCUUCCCUCCUCACACUCUAUAAUUGUGUAGGGCACUACGCAUGGGCAUUAGGUCCCCCAUUCUGGUGCAAACACACGAUUUCAGGGUAUAUUUAAUUGCCUGUAUGCUGUGAUUGAGUAAUCCCAAGACUGAAGGAAACAAAAUUUAAAUAAUAAAUAUAGUGUAAGUAAAGUUUAUUUUACUCGACUAACACGAUAGAGAAGAAUUUGUAAUUAUUUCUUAGGGUAACAGGUCCCCUUUAAUCAUAGGAUCAAUAAAGAUUCAAUAUUUGAAUACUUUAUCAGUACCUAAAUAUCUAAAUACUGCAGCUUGUUAUCCAAGUCAGUUUCAUAAGAUUCCCAUUAUCCAAUUGUAGAGAGAAAUAUAAAAGAAAUAGGAAAGCAUGGGGAAUAAGAUAAUUUAUAUAUGGGAUGGAAACAAUGGGAUGUGUCUAGCUAUCUGCUGCCUGUUCCCUUGGAUUUGCAUUUAUUUUGCACUCGAUUUAUUUAUAUAGCCUCAGUUUUAUCCUGACAGCUAAUUCCGUGAAAUGUGGUUAGUAGGACAAUAACAUCAGUAUGUAGAGGGAUGGCUGCUUUGGUAUAACAAGUGUGUGCUCUUAUUACAGUUACAUUACACAAGUUACCAUCUUAUUUAGUGUAAAAAAGUAACUUUUAAGGGAAAUCAUUACUUUUGUGUUGUGAUUAUAUGCCUUUAUAUUAUUUAGAGAUUUUUAGUCUUUAUUUUUUAUAUAUAGUGUAACCCAAACCAAAGCAAAUUAAUUAUAUUUUCUCACAGAGUCUACAUGUUACCCUUGGUGAGGCAUGGAAAGUUUCCAAUGAAAUCAAUCUGCACCGAAUUUUUUUACUCCCCUAUACCAGGCUAAAGUAACAAUGGAGUGUUUUAAUAACAAGGUGAACAUCCUGCAAUGGUGUCAGUAUCUCUUUAACGUGACCCUUAUGGUCAGCUUAAUAAAACAUAUAACCACACAAAUAGCAUUCUAUAAAAUUCAUAGGCACCAAUUGAUUCUUUAAAAUGUAUGCAUUACUGAGGAUAUAGGUGUGGAGGUUACUGUACAUAACCCUAUAUAGAAAAACGAAAGUGCUAGAGUGUGACAGUAACACACAACAGAACAAAUAUGAAUUGUGCAUGCCGUGCAUUUGUCACGGAGCUCAGUCAGGGAUUUUCAAUCUGUGACUCUUCAACUGUUACUGAGCUGCAGCUAACAAGAAUCCCUUGACAUCUAACUGCUGCCAGGGGACACAGAGGAUCCCGGCCUUGUAUGUGUAUAACCUUUUUCAGAGAAUGGGAAACGUUCCCUGCAGAAAUUCCCAAGAACUAAUAUAAACCAAUAACUUAAUUAAAGCUGAGGACCAUUUUAGUGAACCGUGUGAAAGAAAUUGUUGUAUGGCAUGUGAUACAGUUGACUUUCAGUGCCCUAUGUAUUUCUGGACCUUUAAUUUUCUUUAAUACAGUUUCUUGCAGUUCUAUAUUGUGUGCUAUAUGCCUGUGUAUUCUGUGAAUAAUUUAUCUUGCAAUAUCAUCAAAACAUUUGCUUUCUUGUUCGGGUAUUUGAUUAUUGUUUUUAUAACAUUUAUCCUUUUCUUACAAUAAAGGUGGCCAUACACAAUUUGUACAAUAUGCCACAAAUUAGAACCCCCCUCCCCUGCCCAAACUAAUGGAUACCGCGGACCAUACAUGUGUAUGGUCACCUUUCUAAUUGACCAAACUGCCUGACCAAAUCUGAGCAUAUAUGGCCACUAUCCAGACUAGAGAUGUGCCUAGUCUGAAACUUUCUAGCCAGGCGAGUUUGGACCAACUUCUGUGCUCCAUUGGGUCAUGGGCAGGUUCGGGUUGAGCCCUCUCUGUCCACAACCUUAUUGUGCCUCUUUUUAUAAGCACUAUCUGGACCGCUCCCUUUCUUGACAUCAAUUCAGCAUGAUCCAGCAGUUGGCUCAGUUCUAAUCAACAAUAUUCAGUAUUCUCAUUGUAGAUCCCCUGUAGUGCAGCACUGAAUGACCCAAUUCAAUGACACUUCUACUGAUUUAUUAGAAAAGGAGCUCUGGGAUAAUAGACAAGUCACUGAUAUGGAAAUUUCUCUCUUCUUUACUAAUAAAUACUAUGUUUAUGACAGUUUGAAAUGGAUUGUACAUUACUUUCAUAUAAACAAGAGCACAAUUUAUAUAAGUCA